AGAUCUCACAGGAAUGGAGCGACGGAAGCGGAAGUCGUCAAUUGGGGAGUAUCUCGAUAGGUUAAUGGAAAAUCCCGAUAAAGUGCAGCGUUGUUCAGAGUUUCAUAUGAAUUUACGGACAUUUUACAAAAAGCGUUGGAAUUGCCGAUUGAAGUCUCCACAUGUUCAAGGUGUUGAAGUGGAUCUUUUUCGUUUGUAUGACACUGUGGUUUCGAUGGGUGGAUGGCAAAAGGUUUCAUGUAAUGAGAAAUGGGGUGAUAUAGCUUGUGCAAUCGGUCUUACGAACGGCGUGGCGGUUGCUGAACACGCAGUCAAAGUGCUUUACAUGCGAUACCUUUCAAAAUAUGAGCAAAAUGAAUUGGUUGGUGAAGUGGAUGAUGCAGAUUCAGAUCUUUUAAGUUCGAGAAGUCGAAGCAAAGGUUUUUCGUCGUUGGCUACUGCUGACUGUCCGAUCAGUACGGGGCAGAGGCAGGCUUCAGAAUAUUUUCGAUUACGGCCAGAAAAGAAAGAAGCAGAGUAUGACCGCAUUGUUAAAAGCCUCCUUUCUGGAUUACCGAAUGAAGUGGACUUCGCUGUGAACGUAUGUACACUACUGUCACAUCCUGGACCUAGAGUUCUUCGACUUGUUGCUGCUCCACAAAUUAUCACACUUUUGGUUGCUCAUCUUGCGAUCUUUCCAGAUGAUGACCGAGCAUUUUACGACUUGUACAAAAGUUGGGAAUUGGUUUCUGGUCACAAUUUUAUUGCAUUUUGGAGUGGGGCUGGUAUCACUGAUGACGAAGUUCUCAAGCUUAUUCCUCAUAUCAGACCUUCCAUGAUCUCGGAAGAAGAAAGUAAUAUAUUUUGUGGUUUAGACACUGAAUUUCAACCGCGUAAUGUUGUAUCAUGGAGGGUGCAGCAGGUGUUGUCAAUCAUAAGGAAUCUUUCCUUUGAAGUGAUUAAUAAAGCUGUACUGGCAGCGAGUUGGCCUUUACUUAAAUUUCUUUUUAUUUGCUCGAGUUGUAAAUGGAGUAUGUUGAGAACAGCAGCACUUGACGCGCUAAGUAACAUUGCUUGUGAAAUCGAUCUUAUGGCGGAAGAAUCAUCAUCCACCAACCAUUUAUUACUGAAAACGGUUUCAUGCUGUCUUCAUUCGGACGAUAAAUUUCGAGUAAUCCGAGCCCUCGAAAUUCUCUCCGGAUUGUGCAAUAACGAGCGUAAUGAAUCUCUUAUCUGUGAAUUUCUCGAUUAUCGUAUUUUAUCUAAAAUAUUUACCGUAAUUUCUGUCAAAGAUAUCAUGAUGUGUGUUUAUACUUUGGAAUCUCUAUACCAGAUCUCCGAACUGGGAGCAACCGCUUGUUACCAGUUAUCUCGUUUCCCUCAUGCAAUUGAUACAUUGGUGUCUUUAGUAACAGUUGAAGCAGUAUCUUUUGGUCCAUCCGGAUUAAUCGGAAUGAAAGUGGUUGAGUUUCAUGGCCCUUCACAGCUUGCUCCUCCACCUCCUCAAAAUAUACCAAUACCUCAAAAUCAGGCAACCAGACCAGGUUCUUUUGUAACACCCACGCAUUCCACGAGUUAUUCGUCCAAAAUGGUAACUCCACGCGGUUCUUCCAACACUUCAACACCAGUAAUUGGAGAUUCUAAGGUUGAGCAGUUGACUGCAAAGUGGAUUCGAAUGAACUGUAUCUUUGAGAUGGGCAGUAUAGUGCCUCGGGGCGAAUUAUAUGCAAGCUAUGUUGAUGACCUUCGGCAUCGUUACGGUGCCCUUUCCGGCUCCGUUCAAACUUUUACAAAUAUCAUGAGAGCGGUGUAUCCAAGUGUCAUACUUCGGAUUCAGUCCUCGUCUGGCAGCAAUGUGCCAGUUUUUGAAAAUAUAAGGAUGUGUCGAUUGAAUCCAAAUAUGAGUAGCCAUGAAACUGCCUCUACAAACACCGAUUCUCAUACAUCUUUGGUGGCGAAUCAUCCGCUCGUACAGAAAAUGUUAACAGAUAACGUGAAUGCACCACCAAUUUUAAAUGGCCAUACUACUGUUACCGUAGUUGCUACUACUCCAGCUAUUGACAAGAAGUUAGCGAAUGAAAUAUCUAACAAUACAACAGUUUUGCCAGCGUCAUUUCUCUCAGAAGAUACGACACGUCUCACUUCCUCCCAUGUAGCGAAUGUACAACCCUCAACCAGUUUAUCAGUCGGGCAACAGGUUUGUCGAGGGGCAAUUGAGGCGUAUGAGUUCAUAUCGGAGCAGCGACAUGAGACAAAGAUUUUGCGUAUAGAAAAUGCUUCGCGAACAAUCGUAAACGCUGUGGAUGAAAAACUUGUUCCGCAAGUACAUAAUCAAAUACAAUCCAAAAGUACUAUUGCAAGGCGUAUGAAUGGAGUAUGUGAUAGUCGAGUUAUAAACAGUGAAAGUAUGGCAAAUGGCUUUGAUAGUGAACUUCCGCAGUCUUCCGGAAGUACGGUCAGUCAAGCAUUAAAUGGAAAUCUAGCUUUCUCGGGCUCGAAAGAGGUGAAACCGGUAGUAAAUGUUGCAAAAACGAGUGCUGAUACUCAGAUGAUACAUCCUUCGACAUCUGCAAUGGGGAACUAUCGUGAUGAUGAUUGUGAUUCACUGAAAUCUUGUGCAUCUACACCCUGUUCUCCAAUCUCUGUGAAGCGACGUCGCGUAUCAGCAUGUUCGAACACCAGGCCAACCACAUCUUCAGCCGACAGUGACGAUUACUUGUGUGAAUGGAAUGGAUGCGGAAAGCAUUUUUCAUCUGCAUCUUUCGUUCUUUAUCACUGCACUAAGGAGCAUAUUAGCAAUGAUCACAGCAUACAAUGUCAUUGGCCACGAUGUGAUUCAACAGUGCGUGCCAAAUGGUCCAUGGUGACGCAUUUACAAGAUCACCAUUGUAAUGAAGUUGCUCUAAAAGCUGCAGCCAAAAGACGGAAAGAAGGCCACGGUUUACCUUUAGGGCCAGUUAAUCCGGAAAGGCCACGAGAAAUUGUGCAACACCCGGGAUAUUCAAAGAAUGCAGCUGUUGAAGCAAUCCGGCGGCAUGCCUUCAAUUAUCUUCCCCGUGAUAUCACGGAUGAUCCCGAAGGACCCGUGACGAAAAGUAUCCGUUUGACCAGCUGUCUCAUUCUCAGAAAUUUGGCGCGUUAUUCAACCGAUGGAAGACGACUUCUUCGCCGACACGAGCGUUUACUUAGCUGGUUAUCGUUAUCGCGUGUGGAAAGUAGCUCAGCAUUAGCACAACUUCUUGCUGAAUUAUAUUCUCAGCCGUCCUCCUCCCCUUCCUAUUCAUCCUCAUCCUCAUCACCUCAUCGUACUUAUCAUGUGCCAACUGCAUCAAAUGCUGCAACAGUUGCAAAAGCCUUAUGACCAGUGGAAUAUGUUUAUAUAUCGCAAGGGAUAUAUUGUUUUGCAGAACCAAUUAUUUUAGUAUGACAUAGUCUAAUUUGUUUGUUUCAAACACGGUUUUAUUUUCAUCAAGAGAGUGGUUACCACACUUCUCUUUGUUAAUUAUCCUUUUCAGCUGAAAUCCCUUCAUUCAGUAGAUCACCUAUUACUUGUUGUUGCAUCUAAGUAGGCCCAAAUCCUGGGGCUUGAAGCACAAUUUUAAUUUAAAAUCUUGAAAAUUUGUUACCAAAUAUAGGAUCGCCUGCAUGCCGAAGACUUUUCUUAUCCGUUCAUUUGCAUAUUAAUUUUGUGCUAUGAUCCAUAUGUUUUUAAGAAAACAGUCGAUACGUUUGUGUAUAAAUGCUUUGUUUUACGGACCAUUUAUAAUGUUUUGUAAACUUAUGUUCUUCGGAUUACAUUUGUUCAUAUGUGUCGUAUUACUUCUUUUGUGAAUUUACCUUAUAUUAUGUGACAUAAAAUUAUGUCGUUGACAAUCUGAAUCGAAUAUCGUUUUAGUAAAUAAAUUGUUCUGAC